GGGAUAUCAGCCAGUUCCGCAGGCGACGGGAAUCACUGCUGUGCUUAUCCAUCCUUAUUCUCCCAUAACAGACAAUUUGUAGGGGACAGAUAGACAGCCAGCACCGCCACUGGACACCCGGAUGGCUGCCAUCUGGGGCAACGGCCGCCCAGGAGGCGGGGAUCAAUUCCCCCUCGAGCAAUGGUUUUUUGAGAUGCCAGUCUGCACGCGAUGGUGGACGACUGCCACUCUAGCCACCUCUGUCUUGGUUCAGUGCGGUGUCGUUUCUCCGUUCCAGCUCUUCUACAGCUUCCGCUCUGUGUUUGUCAAGUCCCAGUACUGGAGGCUCAUUACAACAUUCUUCUACUUCGGGCCUCUAAACCUAGACCUCCUCUUCCGCGUCUUCUUCCUCCAAAGAUACUCGCGCCUCAUAGAAGAAGCGGCCGGUACCACCCCAGCCAAUUUUUCCUGGCUGCUCCUAUACGCCACUUCCUUCCUCCUUGUUCUAUCCCCGCUGGUGUCGCUCCCAUUUCUAGGCUCGGCCCUCUCCGCAAGUCUAGUGUACAUAUGGAGCCGACGGAAUCCAGAGAUGAGACUCCAUUUGCUAGGCCUACUGGCUAUUUCGGCGCCAUACCUUCCAUGGGUCCUGAUAGCAUUUAGCCUUGUCAUGCAUGGGGUCAUUCCAAAAGACGAAAUCUGCGGCGUCAUUGUGGGCCACAUCUGGUAUUUCUUCUCGGAUGUCUACCCUUCCCUGCAUGGUGGACACAGGCCACUCGAUCCACCUGCUUGGUGGAGACGAUUGUUCGAAGGAAGAUGACCGGAAAGAACAUCCACGGCCUUUUUUUUUUUUCUUUUUUCUUUUUUUGAUAUCGGAUAUCGAUAAUGAUAAUGAUACUGCCUGCCCCACAGAGGCUACAUAUGAAUUGAAAAUUGCCUCCUCUUCCACACACGGCGGAGCGAAGACUUCGUGGUCGAUGAUCACUCUUAAGAUACAGCAGUAUUCUACAGGUCCAGUACCCGGCGAUUACCACAUGGGAAUAUCGCCACCGCGUCAGAACUCACCAAAUAAGUUAUUCCACACCCAAUAUCAUGGCAUUAGCGCGGGAUGGAAGAUCAAGUUCGCUCAAUUCUAACCUACUGGAGAAGGGUAGCAAGGAAGCAAAACCCAGGAGUAAUUAUAUAAUGUAUAUUUUUACUGUUCCUUUUCACUGUCCCGUUUCUAUCACCAGAUUUAAUUUAAAAUUUUGUGAUGUCCUCCACUAGAUUUUCUAAGGUUUCUUGGUUUCUUGUUUUUUUUAAAAAUCAUUCUUGGGCGAUUACAUUGG